AUGUAUACGACCCGGUCAGCAGUAUGGUUGGAAUAUAACCUUGCAUGCAAUCGCAUCUAUCUAGUUGCGAAGAAGAAUGCUUACUUUUUUCUCUCUCUCUCUCUCUUGAAGAAUAUCACAAUUCGUCCUCUCUUUCACUAUUUUUUGAUCACGAUUAUAUUUUUACAGCUUGCAUAUUCACCAGUCCUCUUUGUCUUCUCCUCCUACUUGGCAACCUCCUCCUCCCUUUUCUUCUUCUUCUGCUACUCUUCCUCUUCCUUUGCUAAAUACUACUCCUUCUGCGUAACCUACUCUUACCACAUCGUUUUCUUCCUCCAAACUCCUCCUUCUUCUCAUCCACCUCCUCGAAAUUUUCCUCUUAUUACAGCUGCACUUGCGAUUUUUUCCCCCUUACCCUUUUACGCCAACUUGUCGACCUCCUUCACCUGCUCCUCUUCCUUCGGUUACUUAAUGUACCUCUUCCCUUUCGAUUCUUUCUCCUACUUCACCUGCUCUACCACCUCCGUUUUCUUCCGUACUUAUCCUCUUACUCCUCCUCUUAUUUUGCGUGCAUAUCCUUCUUUUUCUUCCUUUAAUUUAACGCCUUCUUCUCCAUCUCCUUUUCUUUCUUCAACUGCUACUUUGUUCUCGUUUUCUUCUGUUCCUUUUUUUUUUUCUUCUCCAACGCCUCCACUCAAUCAUUUUUCUUUUUUUCCUUUUUUUCACGUCUUCCUCUCCUCCUCAUUUUUCUCCUCCUUCACUCUUUCUCCCUCCUCUUUUCUUAUAUUCUCCCCCUUCGUCUUCAUCUUUUUUAUCUCUACUUGCGUUCUCUUCCUCCUCCUUCAAUCCUCCUCUUCUUUUUCUUCAAUUUAUUCUCUUCCUCCCCCUCAUUUUGUUUCGGCUUCGCUGCCUUCUCAUUACCUUAGUUUAUCUAUACAUUGUAGUUUACUUUAUUCACCUUCUUCGUCAUCUUCUUCUUCUUCUUCUGCUUCUUCUUCUUCUUCUUCUUCUUCUUCUAAUUUUCACAUUCUUCUUAAUGAAUUAGUUUAUUUAUACAUUGUAUUAUACUUUAUUCGCUUUCAUUUUAUUUUCAUUUUUUAUGUUAUAAUUCGAAUUUUCUUCUCUUCUCUCUCUACGCUUUUCUCCUCCUGGUCAUUUUGUUGUUUUAAUCUUCUUGUCUUUUCUUCUCUUUCUAAUUAUCAUCUUUUUUAA